UACAAAUCGCGCAGCCCACUUCCUGAAUCUCCCGCAGAGGUUGUCUCCACAUCACCACACAGCAUGUCGGAAUCGAACCGCAGGCAGCGAUGAAUCCAGCGAACAGCACUGAGGCACGGGAGGAAAAGCUUUUCAGCCCCGGCACUUACAGAGUGUUGGCAGUCGUUGUGGGCACGAUAGGUGCUGUGGGCUUCUGCAACAACCUUCUGAUGUUGGUGCUUUAUUGUAAAUUUAAGAGACUGAGGAGCCCCACUAACCUCUUCCUCGUGAACAUCAGCAUCAGCGACUUGCUGCUGUCGGUCUUCGGAGUCUUCUUCACGUUGGUCUCCUGUGUAAAAGGGCGAUGGGUUUGGGAUAACGGUGCUUGCGUCUAUGGCUUCAGCAACAGUCUGUUCGGAAUUUCAUCAAUAAUGUCACUGACUGUCUUGGCAUAUGAGCGCUAUCUCCGGAUGGUGAACGCAACAGCAAUUGACUUUUCCUGGGCUUGGCGGGCCAUCACCUAUAUCUGGCUUUACUCAUUGGCCUGGAGUGGAGCACCAUUAAUUGGCUGGAACAAGUAUACUCUGGAGGUGCACAGACUGGGCUGCUCAGUGAACUGGGACUCAAGAAACCCCAGUGAUACCUCAUUUAUCCUCUUUUUAUUCCUGGGAUGUCUGCUCGUCCCUGUAGGUGUCGUAGCUUACUGUUAUGGGAAUAUUUUGUAUACUAUGAGAAUGCUUCGAAACAUUCAAGACCUUCAGACUACCCGAUUUGCAAAGAUCUUAACAUAUGAGAAGAAUGUGUCAAAGAUGUGCUUCUUCAUGAUCUCUGUUGCCUUUUCUUGUUGGCUGCCAUAUGCUGUGACAUCCUGUAUGGUGGUUUAUGGUUACACUGAUGUGGUAACCCCCUCCAUAACCAUCGUAUUUUCACUUCUUGCCAAAUCAAGCACAACAUCUAAUCCCAUCAUUUAUACCUUCAUGAGCAGAAAGUAUCGAUGGUGCCUAAUGCGACUCCUUUGCUCUCGUCUUAUGAGGAUCAAGUGGGCAAUUAAAGAUCGCACUGUUAGAGUCCGAAGUGAAAAGCCAGUCAAAUCCAUUGUCAUUUCUGAAAAAGUUGUGGACAGGCCAAAAAAGAGAGUGACUUUUAGUUCAUCUUCGAUAAUCUUCAUCAUAGCAAACGAUGAAGCUCAGGAUAUUGGUAGCACUGGUGAACUCAAUGCUACAAACCCAAAUGUUGUUCAGGUGAGGCCUUUGAGAUCAGAAAGAGCAUGAAGAGGAAAACAUGAAUGUCACAAUAUGGGAGAAUUGUUUGUGUCAUGCACCCUAUUAGACAGAGUGCAUCACCAUGGUUUCUGCAGCACCUUGCAGUGAAGCCCUGAGGAAAAGUAAUAUUGUUUAAAUUUUAGAAGUUAUUUUCUAAUCAUGUGUCAUGUACAGUAUCAAAACUUUAAAUGUUAAAUGACAUUUAAAUGAGCUCUCCAAACAGUACCCUGAAGAAGGAAAUGCAAGGGAAGAUUUAAUCUGUUAUCUUGUUGAGCAAAAAGUAGCAUUUGAGCAAUAAAUGUCACCCAACAGCACUCAAAUAACUCUUACAAUUUCAAUGUAUAAUCACCACUUCUUUGAGUGGCCAGUAAUUUUCUCAGAUUCACUCUGGUUCUCAAUAAUGGAUUCCCUUUUCCAUGAUUAAAAGGACCCUUAAUCCUGUCCAUGCUAUUUCUUGAACUUCCAUUCUUACAAUUUCCUCACCACUUUUAAUCCAUCCUUCCAUGCUACCUGUCUCCUGCAAGUGAUGAAUGCAAUUCCAGUCACCUGUCAUUUUAGUUUCCCAUUCUCCUCACUCCAAUUUCUACUACCUGCAUCAAUAUAAUGAGGCAGAGAUGCAUGAAGUACAAAUUGCUGUGCGUGUUGGUCGAGAAGUUUCACAAUGAUGCCUAUAAGGAAAAAGUGCACAGUGCUCUCAAGCUACUUCAGACUAUUGCUACUGACCCCCUUGCAAAGAAGCUCUUUGAGGUUGUAGUGUCAUGGUUUAGUGGUGCCCAACCAAACAUAAUGCAGCUAGCUAACCCACUCAGUUGAGCCCAUCUUGUAUGUCUGUGGGAUGCCAAAGCUGCUAGUGAUUGAGAUCAAUAUGGCAAAACAUUCUGAUAACUCAGUACAUACGAAAUCCAAAUGUUCCACGAUGGAACCCAAACGACACUUCAGUGUUUACUCGGUAGUGACUUCCUCACCCCGAAAAGCAUCCGAACCGUGGUCGUCCACACACAAAUACCUGUUUCCUUCUACAGGUCAGCAACAAAGUGAACUCCACCGGAUUACUUCCAACUUCCAUACAUGGAUUUCAGUGGCAAACACAGUUAUUGUUUCUCAUCCAUCGAUAGAGAAAACAAGCAGGCUGGUGUCUCUCUCCCUUCUCUCUCUCUCUCCUUCUUCUACCACGUCAUUACGUCCUUUAUCUUCUACUGACGUAAGCACGCCCCACACACACAUACACACACACUCUCUAUCUUAAAGGGACUUUCACUGAGUCCGUAACACCAGAAAGCGAUUUCCAGAAUCCUACUGCCCUCUGAGCAAAAAACAAAGUUCCUCUCACCUCUAAUCCUUCUAUUAGAUACUUUAAAUCUUUGCUCCCUUGUAAUUUGCCCCUUAGCCAAGGAAAAUGGGUUAUUUCCAUUUCCCCAUGUAAGUUUCCCUAUGUAAGUCCCCCUGUUAAGUCACCUACUCUGUUCCAAAGAAAACAACCCUACUUUAUCCAAUCUCUCCUCGUAUAACUACAACUUUCCUGAUCUGGUGACAUCUUCAUAAAUCUCCUCUGCACUCUCUCCAGUGCAAUCACACAUUUCCUGUAGUGUUGCAUCCAGAAGUGGGGUGGGAAGAAGUGUAGUCACUGCACCUUGGGAAGAGAAGGGCUUAAAGUAAGUAUUAGUCAAUAGUUCAGUCCCAGAAAUUGAAGUGGAGAAUCUGUAUUUUAAAAAAAAAGAGAGGGGGUAAACACUCGUACAGAAGUUGUACAUUUGGAUCAAAGGUCCUGUUAAGGAGUUUUGAACUUUUGCUACAGAUUGAUUGCAAGUUGCUCAGUACAGGUUAAAAAGCUUAGCUGUGGAAUUAUGACGUGAAAAAAUGUCAAUACCUGCACAAGAUCAGUGGAACUGACUCAUGCAUUAGUUUCUAUCAUUCCGGCAUAGUUUUAUCAACAGACAGAGCAGGCAGAGGUUACUGCAGCACUGGUCUAAACAGAGUACUUCAUCCCAUGGAGCUUUCAACAUGCUCUGCAACUGCACACAAGUUUAUCAGACACAACUACCACUGCUGAAGUGUUGUUUGCUUAAACUGUUUAGUUAGUACUUAACUUCAAUGGAAACUAAACUUGGUGCACUUUGGACCAGGAGGAAAGUUUCUACUGAGCACAAAGCAAAUAGCAGAUUACAGCAUGUGUUUACAGUUCUCCCAGACGAUGUGCUUAUUGUAAUCUAACUUUAUCCUCACUAAAUAUUUGUGUUUUGGAGAAUGCUUACAUGUGACUACGAGGUGAGGUGGGGAGAAAAUCAGCAUUUUUACAGCUUUCUCCUAAAUUUCCUGCUGGCAAUUGCCUUCUCAACAAGAUCAAUACAAAAAUUUAAAGCAAACGAGCUCUUACCAGAAGAUCAAGAAUAUGGACUUUAAUUGGUUUAUUUGCAUGAAAACUAAUAAAUUGUUUUUAUUAGAUUUUUAUGAAUGCAGAAUCCUGUUGACUAGAAAUACUAUAUUCACAAUUUUUAAAGCCAUACCUAAAUUUUGUCAACUGUCACAUGGAAGUGCAGGUCUUCAAGCAAUGAGAUUCCUGUGCGCAAACUAGCCAUUAUACCUAAGUUAUCCAUAUAGAAUCCCAGUGACCAAGUUCUCAGUCAAAAGUAUGUACUCAUGAAGUCU